CCGACUGUCUUACUUCUCGUACAUCUUAUUACACAUAAUAGCCAAAUUCUAUUUUAACACGUAACAAUAAAGUCCAAUGUUCCGCAAAACAUAUACGGCUGAGUUGUAAAAAUAUAUCGUACGCUCGUCUCACUGUUUACACUAGCACAUCGGCGAUCAUCAUUCAAUUAAUAAGUUAUUUGAACGCGGGAACGUUGUUGUCAUGUUAAUAUUUACGCGGUAAAUAUUAGUGUUAACUUUUAAAAUGUUGUUUUCUAAACUAUUAGACUAAAUGUUGAUGUGAAUAUUUAUUACAUUAUGUGCGUUUAUAAUGUCGCGAGCCAAAUAAUUAAUUCUUGUGCUUCAAGAAUUUAACGCACUGUCAUGAAGUAUUUUUGGUGUUGAUAUGCUUAGUUCUUUGUGAUAAAAGAAUGUGAAUGAAAAAUGUUGGCUGGUGAGGAAACCAGUAUAGAAAUAGUGCAAAGAUGGCUACAAAGACGCGGGAGCGAUGACAUUGAGACAGGUAGUUCGAGUGGGUCCCCAGGAGCCCGCGCUGGCCGCCGCUCCUCUCUCGCCCUCACUCCAGAAGACGAGCCUCUAGUGGACGUCGCCAACAGGUCCCCGCCGCCCGCACAAAUCCCAAAUGCACUUUUCUACGCCCCACCGGAACCUUUAGAGUUAUUAUGCGUGUUCCCGGAGCGCGCAUCGCGCGUCUGCGCAGCCGCAUGCAACGCAGUCGCACGCGCUGGCGGCGAGGCGAGGUCCGUGCGCAGCGCGCGGGAGGCGCUCGACGCCUUCCGACGCGACUCCGACGCGCGCAUACCGCAUGUUGUCGUUGUAGACGCGCGACAGCCGCAAUUGAUGGACGCUACGUUGUUGGCUAGAGCUAUACGAGGCUUGAAAAAUACACAACACACCGUUCUAAUAGCAGUCGUCAAAAAGAGUGCCUACUUGAAAGAUGACUUUGCAGUUCUACCGUAUCUAGAAGCAGGCUUCAACAGGAUAAUGGUAGAAACCCUAGGGUCUACAGCAUGGUGCGCAGAGGUACUGCAGGCGAGGUCCGCGGCGGCCACUGCGCGCGCGCAAGUGGCAGCCGUCACCGCGCUCGCCGCCGCCGCCGACCGCUGCAGAGAUCUGGUCGCCGUCACUGACGACCAGCAGAGGGUGCUGCUGACAAACAAGUCCUGGUGCCGCAUAGUGGGCUGGCGGGCGGAGGAGGGCCCGCGCCCGCUCGCCGAGACCGUGAGCGGCGAGGGGCUGCGGCUGGCGACCAGCGGCGCGCGCGACUGGGAGGCGCCCGUCAUGGUCCGCCGCCGCGCCUCGCCCGAUCCCUUGCUGCUGUCGUGCAGGGGCGCUGCUGUUUCGCUCACCAGGAGCACAUCUCACUUAAUACUGGUGUGCGAGGCGAGCGGCGUGGAGGGCGAGCGCGCGCGCGGCUCGCUGCACUCGAUCCGCCGCGGCUCGCUCGACGUGCGCUCCGUCGCGUCGGACGGCCUGCGCCGCACCUCGCUCGCCAAGCUGCAGGGCCUGCCGUUGGAAGCGCCUAUCACUAAGGUGAUAUCAUUGCUGUCCACGGCGACAGAGGGCGCUCCACCAACCACCGUAGCUUGCAUCGAACGUGCCGUUGACAUGUUGCGAACAUCCGAAUUAUACUCCCCACAGAUGAGAGAAGACCCUAAACUACGUGCUGAGGACCCAAUCGCUACGGACCUCAUCGGUGCUCUACUUUCGGGAAACUCAAAUGUCUUAUCAUCUCGAAGGAGCAGCAACGAUUCUACAGUCGUUAGGUCGCAGACCAACAGGACGAAUAUCAAACAUAAGCAAUCGUUACAGACUUCCGGCCAACUGCGCGAAAUUCUAGACACGGCACUCAGUUGGGACUUCGAAAUAUUCCGCCUCGAAGACCUCACUCGCGGUCGCCCGCUCACUCACUUGGGGCUCACACUCAUGGGCGGCCGGUUCGACGUGUGCUCCACGCUUGAGUGUGACGAGCGGACUUUGCUGCAUUGGCUGACGAUUAUAGAGACUAAUUAUCACGCCGUCAAUACGUACCACAAUUCGACGCACGCUGCUGAUGUUCUGCAGGCGGUCGCGUUCUUCCUAGAAAAGGACCGUCUCAAGAACCUGCUGGAGCCACUGGAAGCGGUGGCCGCGCUGAUCGCGGCGGCGGCGCACGACAUCGACCACCCGGGCACCUCCUCCGCGUUCCUGUGCAAUUCGCGCCACUCGCUCGCGAUACUGUACAACGACGUCAGCGUGCUCGAGUCGCACCACGCCGCGCUCACUUUCAAGCUGACUCUUAACGACGAUCGCGUGAAUAUAUUCAAGAAUCUCGACCGCGACACCUACAAGUCGCUGCGGCACAACGUCAUCGACAUGAUCCUGGCCACCGAGAUGACCAAGCACUUCGAGCACUUGGCCAAGUUCGUGAACGUCUUCUACGCCAAGUCCACUGGCAGCAAGGAGGACAACAUGCAUACCGAUGAACCACUGUCUUUGGACACAACAGCUCUGACAUCACAGGAGAAUGUAGUUCUAGUUAAAAGAAUGAUGAUCAAAUGCGCAGACGUCUCUAAUGCUUCACGACCACAGAAGUUCGCUUUCGAAUGGGCUAGGAGGAUUGCUGAAGAAUACUUCCUCCAAACGGACGAGGAGAAAGCGAAGGACCUGCCGGUGGUGAUGCCCAUGUUUGACCGCGCGACCUGCUCCAUCCCGCGCUCGCAGAUCGGAUUCAUUGACUACAUUAUUAUCGACAUGAUGGAGGCUUGGGCGGCGUUCAUCGACAUGCCGGAGCUGGUGACGCACGCGCGCGGCAACCACCAGCGCUGGCGCGAGCUGGACGAGGCGGGCGUCACGAGCGCCGCCGACGUGCGCCGCGCGCUGCGCCACUCGCUGCUGCCCGCCGCGCUCACCGCCGAGGAGUGACCCACAGGGCGGAGUGGGCGAAGCGGGCGGAGCAGGCGAAGCGGGCGGAGCGGGCGAAGCGGGCGGAGCGGGGGCGACGACGGGUAAAAUCUCGCCUACUCUGUGGUCUAUACUAUAUAUUGUAUGGAGGUGGUGCUCAAAUAGGGAGCGAAACCAUAACCCGGAUGGCUUGGAAGAAUGGGCUUGGAACGCGAUUGUGUGAUAGAUUCUAAAUGAAUUUAUUGAGGCCCCGGAUUUAACACCAGUUUUCCGCGGAUUGAAACAAUAUUAUACGCGUUGGAGAGUUUCUAUAUGAUGUUUUGGUGGAAUUAAUACAAAUAUUUCGCCUUGAUGGCCCCAGACAGGAUAUUCAACACACGAAAGGCUUGGUAGUUGAUUGCCAUAGAAAAAUAAAACACCUAACCUUAAACUAUAAUGCAUCUGGGUGCUUUGAUGGAUCCUAAAACAAGAAUAAAUGCUACAGAGACUAUUUUCAAGACUAUUUUUAAUAUUUAAAUCUGAUUAUCAAAUUUACCAGUAUAUAAAAGCAGAGACGACAGAUACAUGUUAGGCGAAGAAAUUGUGGAAAGGCGUCAAAAACCCACACUUUUUAACGAAGGAUAUCCGACAUCCUGGAAAUCCUUUGGCUCGCCCACAACAGACAUCUAGGAGCCGAAUUAAACUUAAAAUUAGAGAAAACAUCAUGUCAUGCGAGAUUUUUUAAAUUUGUGCUCUAAAGACAAUUAGGGCUUGAGAGAAUGAUGCAAUCGUCACAAUGAACCAGUGUCGUCAAUAUCGGGGCCAAAUGUUGGGAAUUAAUAGGAAAACGAUACGUUGGAAAUAAAGACGUUUAUGAGACGAAUAAGAUGUCUACAAUGUGCAUUUGGAAUUUGCCGUUUACGUUAUAAGUCUGAACGGAGCACCGCUGUUGAUCCGACGGGUGUCCGAUAAUACGCUUAUUUUAUAUACUUAUAUCCCUGUUAGAGUAGAAGUCAAAUGUUACUAUCUACUUAGAAAUAGGUGUGUAUUUAAUGUUUGUUGUAUCCAUUAUCGAAUCGGUUUUAAUAAUUUUAUGUCAAUGUUGUCAUAUUGUUAGGUAAUAACACUUACCUAAAAUUUACUAGUACACCAUAUCACCGCGUGGGCUUACCAAAGCCAUUCAAAAAGUUGAAAGAGGGUAAAAUAUAAAAUUACCUUUGUUGUUCCAAAAUUGACAAUAUAAAUUCUUUCAUAUUUGCAAAUAUGAUGCAAACAAUAUGAGUGUACUAGUUUAGAUAGGUCAGUGUGUAAUAUAAUUAAUUCAUUGUAUUUGAUGUGCAUACAGUUGCCAUUUAGACGGGUAUAUUUUGUGUAGGUAGGUAAUUAAUCCGUGAUUGGAGUGCCAUAGAGUGGCGACGUCAUUGAGAUUUUAUUUUCAUCCUUCUACUGUAGAACAUUAAAAUGAAUAUCGCAAAUCAUAAUCAUUCAUCUUUUCUUACUGCACGCCAUGACACCAUAAAAUAAUCGCAGCUAUACAUUAUAAAUAUUAUAUAAUCACGUGGAAACAUUCUUAGUUAUGUUACCAAAGUGAUACGUCUACAUAAUAUAUACUUGAGCUUUGAAAAAUUCCUAUUUUUAUAUAAUAUACCUUUUAUACUAUCCAUUUACCAAAUCUCUCGGCCACCUCAUAUCAAAAUUCAAAAUUUUUGAAUCUUUUUGAGUAGAUUUUUUCUAAACUAUAAAUAAUAGACAAUUUAUUGUUAAUCCUUUCUUUCAUUCCUUGGAUUUAAUAUAUACAAAUUUUUUAUACCUACAUAAUGUAUAUUAAAUAUUAACAUAAACAUAAUAUAAACUUUAUGAUGUUAAAUUUCGCUUCUACAUUUCAUUUCUUUAUAAUAAAUUAUUGUAGUUGAAUAGAAUAAAUGUUUAUACUAAUUAUGGUGUAGAGUGUAUUUCGUCUAUAUGACGCUGGUAAAUUAAAUAAAUUAUUAUAUGAAAUUGUGUAUUUUAAAUAAUGAUUAUUGAUUAUAUAAUAUGAUGACGCUUCCUUGUGCUCAAUGUCAAUAUUUAACGGUCUAAUGUUAAUUGAUAGAUGUUGUACUAAUUAAAUUUUUUGCCUUUUCGAUAAUUAUAAAGUAAAAUCUUAUUUAACGUAGAAUACAGUGUUCAAUCUCAAAUAUAGUACUAUGUAUUGUGUGUUAUACCUGUAACUAAAUAAAUAUAAUUUUGUCUACUGUCAAAGCACACUAUUUUUGCUAAGUAGCUCAAAUGAUGACUAACCAUAGUAUGUUGAUAAUUUUAGAAAAAAUCUGCAAAAAUUUAUGUGUUUAUCAACAUUUUAAUUGUAUUUCGAACUAUAUUUUAUUCAUUUUUAUAGGUACCGAAUAUUAUUAGAAAUGUUAAAGAGAUAAAAAAUAAAAAAUAAAAAACAAACCACUAUAAUAUUUCUGAUGUGUGUUACAUUGUUCUAAAAUUAACAUAAUUAUGUAAUAACCACAUUGUCAAAUUGAUGUUGAAUUGUACUUCUGUAUAAUAUAGAGGGGCUGGUCCCCAAUUUGUGAAAUAAGAUACAAUGUUAAUAAAUUUUAUAGUAAACAUAAUAUUUAGUAUAUCUAUAUUAAAAGACAACAGUAUAGGUUUUAUCGCACAAAAAUAUUUUUCAUUUUAUGUACAACGUUGAUGCUUAUUUUUUAAUGGUGUUAAAUGUACGGCGCCAUUAAUAAAAGUAAAUAAAACGACGAUCAGAUCUUGCUGUCUCAUAUGCAGAUUUGCGAUAGAUCUAAUGUUAUCUUGCUCGCUCUUAUGAGAUGAACAUAACAUGAGAUAUUAUUGAUCGUCUUUAACGGAAUUUUUUUUAAUGCGACUUAAGAACUGUGAAAUAAAUAUGUAUUUUAAAUAGUGAUCUGAUGAUGUCUAAUGUUCUUAGCUGCUAAAGUAUUAAAAUUUAAGCAGCCGCUUACCGUUUAUAUUUAUAUACUGAUUGUAUGCGUUUCAUUUUCCAAUAUGAAUGACAUUGUUAAGUGUUGUAAAUAAAUCAAAAUCUAAUAAAAUAUGUUUUCUUA